GUCGGCUACUGAUGCGAAGUGAAUGUUAAGUAUUCGAUGUAUGUCACAGCUUCAUCUAUAACAGCAGUAAUAACAAAGUAGUGAGGGUAUGUGCAACAAUCGGCAGUCGUUCAAAUUCCCUUAAAGCUCAAAGCUCAAGCUUUUCGGAGAAAGAAAGGGCCUUUUUAUUACGGGAGUAUGUGACCCGUAUCGUCCUUCGACAUGGUUCAUAAAAACGCUUAUGUUACAAACCCUGAUGGCGGAGUUGUCAACGAACUGGAGGGUUUCGAUUCCUCGUUGAAAUCGGAUACGGCUCAACAGAUCACUCAACGAUGGAUUGAGGAGGCUACAGGACGUCAGUUUCAUUCGUCACGAUUCAUCGAAUCUCUACAAGACGGCGUUCUAUUGUGCUACCUUGUGAAGCGAAUACAACCAGAUUCGCCGAUAAUUCAAGAUGUGAUCGAAAAUCCAACCUCUCAGGAAUCUCAGAUAAACCUUAAAAAGUUCUUGAGUGUUUGUUCUGAUCUUGGUCUGAGUGCGUGGCAACUCUUUGAUUCUCAGGAUUUAGAAGCAGGAGAUAAUGUGAUCAAAUGCAAAUCAGAGGAUGAAGUCAUUGAAAAGGUUGUGAGCACUUUAUACUGGCUUGGGUGUACUAUUCAAAGCAUGUCUUACUACAGAGGACCCAAACUUGAUGUUAGCAAUUUUCAAAGGGAAAGUGAUGGUACUAUAACAGUUAAGCCCACUACCAGGGUCCCUGCUAACGAUUAUUCCCACAGAAGAAUGGAAGACAGACUUCACAUGAAUGGAGGAUUAAGACAAGGAAACUCAAUACCAAUGCACCUUACUAAUGGUUACGCUAAUAACAAUACUACAAUGGCCAAUGGAGAUGAUGCCAUGGAGUUUGCUGUUAAUGUCAGGAUACUUGGUGAUGAAAAACGGUUUGGAUUCUCAGUUAUGGGUGGAAUAGAUGAGGGGUUUCAACCAAGAAUUGAUGAAAUCUCUAAAGAUUCUCCUGCUGCAAAAACUGGUCUUCUUGUUGAUGAUGAAAUCCUGGAGGUGAAUGGAGAGCCUGUUACCAACCUUACCCACUCAGAAGUUAUCUUAAGUAUUCACAAAUGCCUUAGAAAUAGAGUAAUUGCACUGAAAGUAAGGAGAGGACAAAGAUCUUUACAAGGGCUAAACAAUGGUACAGAUGUUUAUGAUGGAAUAAAUGGGGAUUACAAUGGGCAAGUGGAUACAAACACAAGGGACAAACUUCAACAAAUCAUGAGAGAACAUGAGAGUGAUCCACGAUUCCAGUAUUACAACUCUGAUGCUGAAUCAGAAGGAUCACACAACAGUCAGGAAUUUUAUGGAAAUGGAGACAUUGGUGUUGUGUCACCAACUGGCCCUGGCUGGAAUAAAGACAUUGGCAACAAAAAUUUUGGAAUAUCAGGAAAAAACUUAGCUCAAUCAAACUUACAAAAACACAAGUCCCUCUCAACGCCACUCUUCGAUUUGACGAAGCUAGAUGCAAUAGAGGCUGAUGUUGAUGUGGAUGAUGAUGAUAAUACUUGGGCUCUGCAGAAUGAAGCUUAUGAUAGCGACAAUGAAAAAGAUCACCCAGGAGAAGCAGAGAAAGAACUGUUGUUCCCAGGCAUCGGUGAACUUAAAUCAAAGCUACAAAGUGGUAACAACAGAGAAGAAAUUUCAUUUGUGGAAAACCUCUUUGAGCAGAAGGAUUUUCAAGAUGCUACAAAAGUUUACACUAAAAUGAUUGAACUCGAAAGAUCGGGACGAGGACCGAGCGCAGUCAAACCUGUUGCUACAAAUUCACAACAUCUCUCUUCCCAGUUGAAACAUUCCCUCGAGGCAGCAAGGCACUCAAGAGAGGCAGAAGAAUUGGUGCAAAUCUUAGAAAUGGCAAACUUUCAGGGUCUUUUGAUGGCGCAUGAUAGACUCGCUUUCAGAGAAGCUUUGCCAAGCGAUGAAGACGAACAGGAAGUGGAUGCACCCGAAUCCCAAGACAGGCAAGAACCACAACAACCUACGGAUGAAUUCCCUCUUGUGGAAGACGACAAUGUGAAGAUUGUAAGAAUAGACAAAGCAACUGAACCACUCGGAGCUACUGUCAAGAAUGAAAAGGGCACUGUCAUGAUUGGAAGGAUUGUGAAAGGAGGUGCAGCUGACAAGUGUGGUCUUCUUCAAGAGGGCGAUGAAGUCCUUGAAAUAAAUGGAGUAAACAUGAGAGGGAAAACCGUAACAGAGGUUUGUGAACUGCUGGCGGACAUGAACGGGACGUUAACAUUUGUUUUAAAUCCGGCCAAUCGAUCCCGCGUUCCGCGUGACAGAGAAGUUCACGUGCGCGCGAACUUCGACUACCAUCCUUACGAAGACGAGUUGAUACCAUGCAAGGAACUGGGACUAGCUUUUAGAAGAGGAGACAUUCUGCAUGUUGUUAAUCAAGAGGAUCCUAACUGGUGGCAGGCUUGGAGACCUGGCGAGGAAGGCCGACAAUUAGCUGGACUCAUUCCAUCCAAGCAUUUUCAACAACAGAAAGAAUCGAUGAAGAAAUCAACCCGAGAAGCAGAGCCGUCCAACAAAGAAAAGAGUGGAUGCCUCUGUUUCAAGCGAAAGCGAAGGAAAAAGGUCCCUUACAACGCGAAACACAACGAAGAAUAUGUGGCGGAUGAGGUGUUAACAUACGAAGAAGUGGCACAUUUACCCCCAGAUCCUCACAGAAAACGGCCUGUGGUUCUUAUAGGACCUGAUAAAGUUGGCCGGAAAGAGUUAAGACAAAAGCUGAUUCUAUUUUCGCAAGAACGUUUUGCAGGAGUGGUUCCCCACACCAGCCGCCCCAAAAGACCGGAAGAAAUGAACGAAAGGGAUUAUUACUUUGUGCUGCUUCCCACGUUUGAGGCGGACAUUGUGGCCCAUAAGUUCGUUGAAUACGGAGAAUUCGAGGGUCACUAUUACGGCACCGCUUUAGACUCCAUCAGAAGAGUGGCCAACGCCGGCAAAUACUGUAUUUUAAAUCUCCAUUGUGAGGCACUUAAGAUGCUCAAAGCUUCUGAUGUGAAACCAUACGUGGUUUUCAUCUCACCUCCAUCCUAUGAUAGAAUUUUGACCCUUCGGAGAGGAAGAGUGGAUCCAUUUAACCCGAAACCAAAUUCACCAAUGACUGACGCGGAAUUACAUGAAAUGGUGACGAAAGCGAGAGAAAUGGAAGAAAUGUACGGUCAUUACUUCGAUAAAACAAUCGUGAAUACGGAUUUAGAAAGAACAUUUGACGAACUCAAACAAGCCAUCGAUAAACUUGAUGUGGAACCACAGUGGGUCCCCGCCUUUUGGGUGAAUGACAACCGAGGCAACUUGUAGAGAAAAAAUCAUGGGCAUCAAUUAGCGAUAGACGGUGUUACGCGGGACCACACCUUGUGUUUUGCGAAUGAAAAGGAACAAAGAAAGAUGCAUCCCCGUUUUCUCUCGCGGAAAGAAGGUAUUUUUCUGAAAAGGGUGCCCAAAGGAGGAAACCAAAAGAUAUAUCGAACAAUGUCAAACAAAAGGAAAUGCAUUUGCCCAGGAAUCUCAUUUUUAGUAAUGCAAGUUAUUCAAAAUUGACUCAAUAUAUUUUUAAAGAGAAUAUAACUAAUCUUUUCAUUUAUGGAUUCUGUAUUGAGCCUGAAAUGGAUCCGUGUUAAGAAAGCAAGAGCAAAUGCUUCAGUUUAUGUAACAGAGAGUAGAGAGUUUGAGAUAUUUGAUCGUUAACUUACAGUAUGUGAUAUUUAGAGAGGGAGGGAUUGAAGGACCGUUCCCUCCUUUUUCUUUGUUUUGUUCCCCGUAAGGUAAUUUCUUAACGCUUUCAAAAUACGGAUUGGAUACAUGUACUAGCUAACGAAAAAUUUACUACACUGUUGAACCGUGCUGAGAAGAUCAGUCAAGUUUGAAAUGUUUUUAAAGUAUACAUAUCGGUAAAGACGGAGUAUGUAGCAGGUCAUUUCAGCGGCCCUUACUAGAGGUGCUUCAUUAUUUUUAAAUGUUAGUGCUGCUUUCAAGUGACUUCACACAAGUCCAAUUAACAAGCAAGUUUCAUUCGAUUUUAGAAAAAAUUGCAAAUUUUGUGAAAUCCUUUUAACGAAUGAGCAAAAUAUUGACAAUGAAAAUCUGUCAGAAUUAUCAAGAGAAGUCUGUCAUUGGUGAGAUUUAAUUCAAGCUGCUUGAGAUUCAAGGCGUACUUUUAAACGUUACAUUCUGUAAAAAUACUUGCUUUCAUACAAUGCAAAUUUUGAUAUGAAGAAAACUGAUCAGUUAGUGAUAUAGAACUAUUAUAGACAACAUCAAUAUUUCCUUCACGUUUUAGCGAUAAGUAACGUAGGAGUGAGGUAAUGAGUGUUUGGAGCAGUUUGUUCAUAAUAUGCGAGAGUUAUUUUUUACCGAAGGUAUUCCAAGGGACCAUUAUGUAUUCCAUUUAUAGGUUUGCGAGAGGUUAACAAUUGUGUUUUGCUGAAAACGAAAGCUUAGCAUUUAAUCGACAUUUUUUUUUUCUUUGUUAAUCACUUUUAAGUAUAUGGAUAUAUUACCACGGAGUUGUCAAUCAUAUGUUACCGUGCUUAUUUCUUGACUUAUCAGUAUCGGGUAUUGUAUUUCUCAUUCCACUUCUCUAGGGUAUGGACUAGUCACGACAUAAAAUAAAAUGACUGAUAGGCGUCAAAAAGUUGAAAAAGAAGAAAGCACAGAAAGAAAUGAAAUAAACCAUCGUCAAACUCGUAAUUUUCUGCGGAACAAUGGACAAACGCAGAAGAACACGAUAUUACUGCUCAGCACGUGAGAAUCCUUUUGGUUGUGUUUUGCUUCUUUUUCUUCGCCCUAAUUGGUCAGAAUAAAACCCACCCGUUUCUUCUUAGAGAAAAGGUUUUCUUUUUUUUUUUCAAAAUCCGUUUGCAACCUUUUCUAUCUCAUUUGUCAUUCGUUAAUCAUGGUAUGUAAAUAGAGAAUUUAGGUUCCAUGUAGUUUUUGUAACCUAUUACAGAUGUUUGUGGAGUCUAUCUUUUUUAAAAAACCAAGUUUUGUGCGUUUACGUGACUUCACUUCAUAGAAGACCCUAGCAAAGGGGAACGAAUGAACUUAGGAACUGCGUACAAUUAAAAAUACAGUUUACAGAACACAACAACAACCCUAACAAAAGAUUUAAACAAAAACAGUCUUGUGUAAAUUUUUAAAUAGCUGUAAUAAAUUCGAAGCAAAUAUUUUUAUAUACUUCAUGGGCCGCAAAGUAUUUAAUUCUUUUAAUGAAAUUGUAUGUUAAUUAGUUUUAGAUUUUGUAAUUGCAUACAAUUCAAAAUGAUAGGUAAGGAAGCAAAUUAUGAGAAGAUGUUGCAGAUUUCUGCAGCUCAACUGUACAAUUUACUGAAUUGCUAAUUCUCUAAGCAAUGUAUUUCAUGGGAAUAAAGGAAACUAAUACAGGGUAAUUUUAGCCUACGCAGGAUCGUUUUCGUUUAUUUUAAUAUUUUAGAAGCAUUGAUCCUCCACACCCUUACAUUAGCACGAAUAUUCUCCAUACUGUUCUCUAUAUAGUUCCUAUGGCAUUGACAAGAAGAAUGUAGCUAAAAAAAUGAAGACCUUAAUGUUUUAAUUCAGCAGGGACUCCUUAGUGAGAAAUAAGAUACAAGUCACUCUCAGGGUUUGAUGGGUUAAGCCAGCGGCGAGCUACACAAACGGUUUUGCUUCAACCUGUUUAUUCAUUCGAACUGCUUAUUAACUACCUGUACCCAACACCAGGUUCAUUUGUGCCAGGAGAUACUAGGAGGGGCAGGAAACCUUCAGCUCUCCAUCAGGUUUGAUAAAAAAAAAAAACCCAACGUUAUCCAUUUGCGCUCCACGCUUAUUCGGAGCGCGGGUCCCCUUUCCCGAAGAAUGAGUAAUACAAAAGUCUGUUAGUGCUGGCUAAACCAGCCAGUAAAUCUCUUUAGAAAAUGUUUAGUUUGGUUCUCUUACGAGCAGUUUCGGUUCUACUGAGCUUUUAUCUUUGCUGGCGAAUUCGAGUAACGCAAAGUCCUUUUUUUUCCUUGAAGGAGUUAUUUUGAAAUAUGUUGAGUUUUGAAAGUCAUUAAAAAUUGUUAGAAAAUUAGUUAAUGAUCAAAAUAGCAGCUUGGUUAUGUCGACAAACACCGUAGUGGUGAAAAUAUACCAAAGAUUGUCAAGGAUCGCAGUUAUCUACAGUUAAAUUCAACAUUACAAACAUUUUUUUCAACUUUUGGCAUGAGCACUGCGGAUAAACCUUUACUUUGCUUCCUGAUCGGUAUAAAAAAAAAAGCUGGAACCGAUGGAAAAACAGAGCCAGCUGUAUUCAUGCACCCUUGAAUCCAAAACCAGCGGAAGCGUGAAGUAAGAGUGAACAAGUGGCCGAUAGAUCCGGCACACUUCAAAGUGCCAAAUGCAAAUGAAGUAUUCAUCCUCGUUUCCAGGCCCUGCCUAUUUCCAGUGACGUCAUGGCCAAAGCCACGCUAUUAAAUCGAAUAUGGCCAACUGCGGAAGGACUUCAAGUGAAUAAUGAUCAGAACUACGAAAUACGAUCGAAUAAUGUUUAAGGAGGAAUGGACGUCAUUUCCAGGCGAGCUCUUUAAUCUAACGAAGCCUGAUGUCUGAACAAGUAUGUCCGCUACAUGCACACCACUCAAGUUGUCUAGUUACAACUGUGAAAAGGCGAAGAUCUUCCUCGUGUUAUUGUUGGUAAAUUCCAUUCUCUUUUUCGGAAUCUUUGUCGCCGCUUCAAGAAGAAUGCAGGAUCAAGUCAGAACUUCACCACUACCACCAAAUCACAUCAAUCCAACGACCCCACUGGGUCCCACGCUAGAGAAUACGACAGAAAAUGUUCGAUUACAACCAGUAAACCUGCACAACCUUCCCAAGGAAAUCCAAGACGCGCUAAUGAAAGUACAUCUAUAUAUGGAGUUGAAAGUGAAUGAGAAUAGCGCUUCAAUAUGUCAAUUUGCGUGGAAACUUGACAAGGCAGACAACUCUGUGAAUCUAUUUAUUUGUGGUUAAUUGGCUAUUCUAAUAUUCAUAUGGUGGCGUGACUUGACGAACCUCACAGAAUUUCAGUUACGGAAUCUCAGUUCCCUCUUGUAUUUGCUAAAGUACACAAUUCUUCCAAUUAUGUGUGUUUACAGUCAAUUGAACUUGAUUUCAAUAAAUUUCGCUCGAAUAUUCGUGGAGAACAAAUCUAAUUUAGCGACAAGAGGACAAAGCCGACAAGAUUUCCAUGUCACCCCAAUUCAUUAUGCAUACAAUUAUCAUAAAAGUAAACAAUGGCGCAAACUUUAAGUUGCUGCGGAAUGCUCAGGUUUUUUUCAGAAUAGUAUGGUGUCAUACGGGAAUCUCUCCGCAAAGUCCGCACUCCUAGAUGUGUCUGUAGUGAGAUACUGCAUUCUUGUAAUUACAUAAUUGACUAUCACUGGGCUGACUUAUGUUACAGAAAUUAAUUCCUUCCAUUUCCGCCACAGCAUCGUAUCAUAGGAUGAUCUUACUGAUUUAACAAAUCUUAUUACCAGGUUUUUUCAGAAAAAAGUGGAAUUUUGAAUUCUACAACAUUUGAUAGUAAUCAACAUUGUAAUCCCUUUUCAGUGAAUAAAUACCAAGUAACGGAUGACUUUCUAUUUGGAAGAAAAUUGGGAAGUUUUUUAGACUUUUUUGGUGCUUGAUUUAACCUGCACACACUCAAUAUUGACGACUGUAAUAAAUCGGAAUUAUAAAAAUUAGAAGUAACGGUUAUCACUGAUUAAUCAUUGCUAGUCACAAUAAAGUGUUUUUAAGAUAAGA